UUAACUCGAGUUAACCCGGUUUGACCGGUUGACUCUCGCCCUAGUUACUAAUCCCGUUCGAUGUGAUGGUUCAUUUUAUUUGCUUUUACCGUUUUAGGGAUUAAGGAGUAUUUUAUUUCAUCAUCCGUCAGAUACUUAGAUCUGCUGCACAAGUGUAUUCCCUCGACAGCACUUCUAACCCGUUCUUCACCGAUCCGGGUGAAUUUCUCUCCUUGCUAUUAUUCCCUGGAUCACUGGAUUUUUGAGGAAUCAAAUGGCUGCGGCGCCCGCUAGAGCUCGAGCAGAUUACGAUUAUCUCAUCAAGCUUCUCUUGAUAGGCGAUAGUGGUGUGGGUAAGAGUUGCCUUCUUUUGCGUUUCUCAGAUGGUUCUUUCACCACCAGCUUUAUUACCACCAUUGGCAUCGAUUUCAAGAUAAGGACCAUAGAGCUUGAUGGAAAGCGGAUCAAACUUCAGAUCUGGGAUACUGCUGGUCAAGAGCGGUUCCGAACAAUUACCACUGCUUACUAUCGUGGAGCCAUGGGCAUUUUGUUGGUCUAUGACGUGACUGAUGAGUCGUCUUUUAACAACAUCAGGAACUGGGUUCGAAACAUUGAACAGCAUGCUUCAGAUAAUGUCAAUAAAAUACUAGUUGGAAACAAGGCUGACAUGGACGAAAGCAAAAGGGCCGUGCCUACUUCCAAGGGUCAAGCAUUAGCUGAUGAAUAUGGAAUUAAAUUCUUUGAGACAAGUGCCAAGACCAAUAUGAAUGUGGAGGAAGUUUUCUUUUCAAUAGCUAGGGAUAUUAAGCAAAGACUGGCAGAGUCUGACUCAAAAGCCGAGCCCCAGCCCCUCAACGUGAAUCAAAUAGGGAAUGAUGGGGUAGGAGGAGCAGCUCAAAAAUCUGCUUGCUGUGGUUCCUAAGCAAUUUAAUUUGCUGAUCGGAUAUGAAUAUGAUAAAGUUUCUGUUGAUACACCGUCAAGGCCCGAGAGAGGAACUUAUCUUGUUUGACUAUUUUGAUGGGCAUAUUCUUUAUUAAACAUCACAUUGCUUUCCUUAUCAACUAUUUGCAUUAUGUUCCAGCUUUUGAUUUUCCUAGACGAGUGCAAGUAUAUGAAACUCUAAAACAAUUCUAUAUGUGUCCUUUUGUGUUAAUUUUCACCAAGCUCUGUUUUAGUCAUGCAUUAUUGUUCUUACACUCGGUCAUGCCUCCCUUGUGUAUUGUAAGAGCUCAUAAAAAAAUACGGAGCAUUAU